AUUUAGUUACAUAAAGCACCCUAAAAAAACAUACUCGAUUCAUUAGAAAAAAAGUAAUGGCAAAGUGGGUUAGUGUUCUCUACACUGCCUGUGUGUGGUGGUGCUUCUUCAGCAACACCCCUGCCACUUGCUUGGUGAAUGAGACAGAUAGAUUAGCUUUGAUUGCUUUCAAAGCUGCAAUUGAUCAAGACCCAAUUGGGGCCUUGAGAUCCUGGAAUGAUUCAGUACACUACUGUGAUUGGAAUGGCAUUUGGUGCAGUCGUCGACAUCCUGAUAGAGUCGUGAAGUUGGAACUAAGGUCGCAAGGCCUGGUAGGAUUGCUCUCGCCUCAUAUUGGAAACCUCUCCUUCCUCAAAACCAUCGUCCUUCAAAACAAUAGCUUCCAUGGCCCAAUCCCACAAGAGAUUAGUCAUUUGUUUCGGCUUCGAAACAUAACACUCAGCAAUAAUUCAUUUAACGGUGAAAUACCCACCAACCUUUCCCGAUGCUCAAAUCUUGAAAUCCUUAACUUGAUCGACAACAACUUGACUGGAAACAUCCCAGCCGAGCUAGGAUCUUUGUCAAAGCUUAGAGGUUUGGGCUUAACUCGUAACAACCUUUUAGCAGGAACCAUCCCUCCUUCCCUUGGCAACCUUUCAGUUCUUUCAAUACUCUCUUUAAGAGACUGUGGGUUGCAAGGAGAUAUUCCGAAGGAAAUUGCCAAACUUCAAGGCCUCACAAUUGUCCAAUUAUCCGAAAACAGUCUAUCUGGUACAAUUCCUGCAGGCAUUUACAACAUCUCUAGUAUCUCUGUGUUUGAAAUGUUCCAUAACCAACUUCAUGGAUACAUCCCUUCUGAUAUAGGCUUAAGCCUUCCCAAUCUCAACAAUCUUGUUCUUGCAGAGAAUCGGUUUAUAGGGCCACUUCCUACUUCAUUGUCAAAUGCAUCCAGACUUCAACAAAUAGCCCUCUAUCUGAAUGAUUUUGUGGGGCCAAUACCAAGAGAUCUUGGAAGGCUUUUAAGCCUCCGAUAUUUGACCCUUUAUCAGAAUAGGCUGCAAGAUGACCUCAGUUUUAUUUCGUCAUUAACAAAUUGCACGAGUCUACGAAGUAUUGACGUGAGCGUCAAUCUUCUCAGAGGUCCGAUGCCCGAGUCCAUAGCUAAUUUCUCUUCUACGAUUUUCUUCAUUGCCAUGGUAGACAAUCAAAUACAUGGCAGCAUGCCUUCAGGUAUUGGGAACCUUCUUAGUCUCGCUGUCUUUGAAAUGGCACGGAAUCAACUUAGUGGCCCUAUUCCUACCACCAUUGGAAAACUUUAUAACUUGCAUAACCUUCUUUUUGACAAAAACAAUUUCACACAGCUACCAUCUUCAGUGGGGAACUUAACUUCGUUAAAUAUUCUCAUCUUGGGGCAAAACAAUAUCUAUGGAAGCAUACCUCCGAGUCUCGGCAAUUGUCAUAGCUUGUUGGUAUUAGAUCUUUCUCAUAAUAAUCUCAAUGGUUCAAUACCCACUGAAAUUAUGAGACUCUCCUCCAUUUCAAUUUUGUUUAGCUUAGCUAACAACGGAUUGACUGGUGGUCUUCCAUCAGACGUUGGGUCUUUGAAAAAUCUUGAAGACUUGGAUGUGUCCAAUAAUAGAUUAUCAGGACCUAUCCCAAACUCUCUGAGCAAUUGUUUGAGCUUGGAAUGGCUUCAUUUGGAAGGUAAUUCAUUUCAAGGAAUGAUACCUCAAAGCUUGAGAGAGCUAAGGGGUUUACGAGAGUUGGAUCUUUCACACAACAAUUUAUCGGGGUUGAUCCCAAGUUAUCUAGGUGAGCUCCACUUAGAAAAGUUGAAUCUAUCUUUUAACAAGCUACAUGGGAAAGUUCCAAUGAAAGGAGUUUUUCAAAAUGGAAGUGCUAUUUCAGUGGUUGGUAAUAAUGAUCUAUGUGGAGGCAUUCCACUCUUGAGUCUUCCUCCUUGCCUGUCCUCAAAGUCCAACAGCAAUAAGUUCUCUCACAAGAAGAAGGUCAUACUCAUCGUGGUUGUUCUUGUGUUAUGCUUGACAAUGUUGGUUUGCUUAUUUUUCAUAUUCCUUCAUCCGCGAUGCAUUUCAAGAAAAAAAGCCUUUUCCAUGCCAUCGCUCAAGCACCAUCUGUUACGGGUUUCUUAUGCGGAGCUUCUCAAAGCCACUGAUGGAUUUUCUAAGGACAAUCUAAUUGGUGUUGGAAACUAUGGUUCUGUUUACAAAGGAAUUCUCAAUCAGGUUCAGACAGUAGUGGCAGUGAAAGUGCUCAGUCUCAAGCACAAAGGAGCUUUUAAGAGCUUCAUGUCAGAAUGCAAAGCACUAAGAAGCAUACGGCAUAGAAAUGUAUUGAAAAUUUUGAGCGUUUGUUCUAGUAUGGAUUUCCAAGGUAAUGAAUUUAUGGCUUUGGUAUAUGAGUUUAUGGUCAAUGGAAGCUUAGAGAAAUGGCUGCAUGAAGAUGGAGUCCAAAAUGAAGGGCAGGAAGAAGAAUCCAGCAAUCUAAAGUUUAUUCAUAGGUUAAACAUUGCCAUAGAUGUUGCUUCUGCAAUUGAGUAUCUUCACUGUCAUUGCGAUUCGACGAUUAUUCAUGGUGAUUUGAAGCCAAGUAAUGUUCUCUUGGAUGAUGAGAUGACUGCUCAUGUUGGAGACUUUGGGUUAGCAAAAAUUAUCUCCACUGUUUCAAGUGAGGAGGUUCAGUACCAGAGCAAUUCAACUGCAGUAAGGGGAACCAUAGGUUAUGUUGCUCCAGAGUAUGCCACGGGCAAUAGAGCUUCCCCACUAGCCGAUGUGUAUAGCUAUGGGAUUCUUCUCUUGGAGAUGUUAACAGGUAAAAAACCUACCGAUAAUGUAUUUACGGAUGGUUUAAGUCUUCAUAGCUUCGUUGAGAGUGCUUUGCCUGACCAAGUGAUGGAGAUUGUGGAUCCUCGCAUUCUUUCAGAAGAUGAGCCAAUAAGUUGGCUCAAGGACAACCUUGUUUCUGUGUUGAGAAUUGGAAUUGCGUGUUCUAUGGAAUCACCAAGAGAUCGAAUGCAGAUUCAAUAUGUAGUUAACGAAUUGUGUAAGAUAAAAAAUGCUUACGAAAAGCUGGGUUGAGCAAGGACUAAGAAAACAUGACCUCCAAAGGAAAGACUAGUAAACCAAAGCAUUCUUAUGACUACCCUAUUUUCUCCGAGAGGAUGAUUGGGGGACUAUGUUGCUAUGGUCCUCAUAUUGUCUUCGUCCGCUGAGCAUUUGAUAAAUAACUGCAAUUUUAGUUCUUAUUUGAAUAUGUAAAAUUUGCUCAUGUGGGAUCUUUAAUUUUAAGUGUGUAUGUGUUUUUCCUUAUCUUCUUAUGAUCUUUCUGGUGUAACGUUUUGCGGUUCGCUGAAUAACUUGUCAUCAUUUCAUUAGUGUAAAGUCUGGUUUCGCUGGA